AUGAAGCAUCUGAGUGAGGGUGAACGCCACGAUGAUACCGUAGACCGAUGUGGCGAUUUAAUGCGAAAACAACAGUCGUUAUCGACUAAAGCGAGGUCUUUGGACGUAAACCAUCGUUCGAGUCGGAGAUCGAUGAAUUUUGUUGAGGGAGUGAUUGCGGCUAGUGAACAAGUUGGGGCAGAAAGCAAAAAUAAUUCGCGUCAUGACAAUAUCCUCUCGAAUUAUAAGCGACGCACGCCUGAAGAAUUAGCUGAAUAUAGUCGACUGUGUGAGCAGCGAAUAGCAAACACCCGAGGAAAAGAUCUUCAAGAUCGACAGUAUGCUCUGGCACUCGAGCGAGAGCGUCAAGCGCGAAGUCGGGCAGCAAGUGAAGCUGCACCAGCUCAGGCUGUUCAAAGACUUCGAAAACGACGAGAAAAGCUGCGACGUGCUGCGGAAGCGGAGCUUGAGGCUCUAGUUGUACAACAAGAGUCUUCGCUCGAGGCUAUGAACAUUGUUCGAAUGCUGUCGCCUCGAUUUUUAGAGCGUGCGCAGUUCACACCCUCUAUAGCCAGAUAUUCUGCCGAAGACGAACGUAUAAAAUGCCUUCUUUCGUCAAGAAAUGAAGGCUCUUACUACUAA